CACACUAGUGUUCGAGUUGCACAUGCUUGGUCUUUUUGAUAAUUUAAAAGUGAAAAAAGGCUGGACAAUGGUCGAAAAUAAAGUAAAACAGUGUUUGUGACGCGUAUAUAGCCAGGAAGCGAGCUAUAGUCAAUUUUCUAGACCUUACUGUUGUCGGAUGACUAAAAAAUCAAACCAACGAUAGGCGUGCGACCAAAACGAGUGUGAAAGAAUUUCGGAUUUCUGUCGUCAUUUAUAUUGAAAAACUGUUGCGAUUUUGAGGGAAGCUUCUUUAAACAGUGGUAAUGGAUGAUCCCGGGAGGCAGGUCAUUAUGGGUCCACCGGCGGCAGUGGCCACCGCUUCCAAUCAACCCGGUCCUGGCAAUCCCAGCAGUGCCCCUCCCCCGCAAGUGACCAAAGGCGCACCUCCGCCCAAGCGGAUAAUUAAGAAGGUUCAGCUGGAUUUCAACAAGCUUAAGGAAGCGGGACUGGAUAGGCAACUGGCCGAGGUCCUGAGAAAUCAAAAACUUGGAGACCGGAAGGUGGAGACCCCUUCAUCCAGCAUUCCUUCGCCCUCUGCCGCUGCGCAGUCGACGUCGAACGCAGCAGAGUGCAAAUUGCAUCAGCCACAACAACAAUUUCGUCAGCCCGGUAAAUCAACACCGCAGCCCUUGGUGAAGCGAUUUAUGAUUUCGGAAUUUAUAGAAAAGACGGUGCCCAUACAGACGACACCAAACCCGACAGUGUACAACACGUCAAAUGCCAAUCGUUCAAUGCACGUCAAGACCUUGCUUAAAAACAGGAUACUUAACAAGAACACGACCAUCAACUCGCAGCCUCAGCAGAUGGCAACAACAUCCCAGGCGGCGUCGCUAUCCUCUGCCCAGGGUUCAGCUUCUCGGGGCGCAGCUUCUCCUGCAGCCUUCUCCAUGCCCAUUGCCAAGGCGGACUUGACCAUCCGCCCAAAGCAGCAACCACUGCUGCUCAAUCUUGUGAAUCAACUGCCCAAACAUCGAGCCAUGUGCGGACCGAGUUACAAGUCGUUGAUGAAGCAGCAGCAUACUCCUGGGCAGCAAAUUUCACCCAAUCCACAAAGGAUAGCAGCACAGCAACCCAUACAGAUUUCCACACAACUCCAGCCACAACAUCCGUUUCAGCCAGCUCCAGAAGUUCCUGUUGAUCAAUCAGUUUCAGUGGUGUCCCCAAGACUCCACAAGAGCCCCUCUCCGCCACUUAUUGUUCUGGAGAACAAGGUGUUGGCACCCAACGAGAAGAUCGAUUUGAGUGGACUGCGUCUGCCAAAUGCUCCGGUGCCCACAACUCUGUCACAGGCUAAACCUUCAGAGACCCCCGUUCAAACCAAUCUCCAAUCCAAGAUUAUUAAGGGCAAGGUGAUUAUGAACGCCAACAAGUUCAAGGUGUCGCGGGAAAAGCUGGCCGAGAUGGCCAAAGAAAUUCGGCAACAGGCGAAUCAGGUGAAACUCCCUGCAACACCGGAACCAGCUUCCUCAACUACUGAAAGGCCAUUCACUAUCACCUCAAUUCUUCAACGAAAUAAGACGCCUCUUUUUACUCCAGCAACUCUUGAAGAAAAUAACGUUCCUUUAAGCAAUCCAAUUCUUAAAGCAAACAGUUUGCCAGCCUGUACAAAGUCAAGGCCUAUUUCAAAUCCUUUUCCUGUAGAUAAUUCCACGAACCUGGAAUCUGGUAAGACAAAGGAGUAUACUGGCGAGGAGGUGGCAGAACCAAGUCCUCUUGAACUUCCGUUGUAUAUUCCAUCAACUCUUGAGGUAAAACUGUUGCCUCAAACAGUACCCAAGGCAUCAAAUACUCUUCACUUGUCUGAACAUACUCCUGCUACUCCGGAACCAAAGGAAUAUUGUAAAAAGGCCACCACAAAACCAAGCCCUCCCAAACACUCGGGAUAUAUUUCUUCAACUUCAGAAAGGGAAGGAGGGCUGCAAGAACCGAACCCUCUUGAUUUCCCUGUUUAUAUUCCCUCACAUGCGCAGCUAACACAGUUGCCUGGAACUAUGACUACAGAAUCAUGUUCUGAUCUGCCUGUACAUAUUCCAGCAACUGAAGAAGUGAAUGCAGAAUCAAGCAGACCUGCAUAUAAUCCAUUACCUCCGGAAAAAAUAAGUUUGCUUGAAGGUGUAACAACAGCAUCCAAAGCUGCUGACUUGUGUAAACCAGAAGUGUACCAUGCGGAAGUGACCAAAGAACCAAGAUUCAUUGACUUGCCUGUCUGUAUUCCUUCAUCUUGCGAAACCACGGAAUUUUCUAGAAAAGAAGCUGCAAAUCCAACACAGAACGACUUAACUUCAAAACUAAAUGAAUUUUCCGAAAAGUCUAGCUCGGAAUCAAGCUGCUUGGCGUCUACAGAGAUCAAAUCACCAGUAAAGAAGGUUCAAACUGCAGUAGAUUUCAUAGCCCAACUAGCGGCUGAAAAUCCUCUAGACGAAAGCGCCUUCAUGGACCUCUCGCCGGAAGAACAAAGACUAAACGCCCUUUUCGGAGGCGGUGAAUAUAUGGGUAUGUCGCCAGUGAAUGAACCUGCGCAGCCCGAGGAGGAGUUGCCCAUUGGAAAGAUUGUCCAAAUGGACAACAUGAAUAUACUGCACGCCACUUUGGAUGUACACAGCGAUAGUACAAACGUACUGCGCAUUAGCCCCAAUGCGUUGAGGCUGCAAAGCAGCGGGUCUAUUUUGGAAAAGUCAUUGGUUGAUAUUGAAGGAGUGACAGAUUCAGUGGUGGAGGAGAAGAAAGAACAAGUCAACUUACCGGAGCCACCUGCUGAGGUCGCAACUAAGCCAAGUGUGGUGAAAUCUUUGGUGUUUGAUACUUUAGAAACUCCAAACCAAGAACCACAAGAAGAUGCUCGCAGUACAGUAAUAAACACAAAUAAUUUGAAAAACGAUCCUAAUCCUAAGCUAAAUGAAUCAGAAGUGCCUUUAGAGGAGAUCAAGCCAGUGUCUGAUGCGGAGCUUGUACAGGAGGUUAAUCCUCCCGUUAAAAGGUCAACUAUCAGAUCCAAGAAGGCUAAAAUUAAUUUAGUGCAACGCACUAAAAGACCAAGCAUCCCCAAGGCAAUUGAGGCAAAGAAAACCAAGAUAGAUUUUGAGGAGGGCGAGGAGGAGGCGAUGGCUACCGAUCACAGCUUGCUAGAUGACCGAUACGGAGUCGCAGGAGUCGAGGUGCCAGCAGAUGAGAAGCAGAAUGAAGAAGAUGCCAGUGAGUCCAGAGAAGAUGACACCAGUAAAGAAACUAGUCCCAGUCAAGAUGAUCCAGCAAAAAUGUCAGUCGAACAAGAGACAUUUGACAAAACUAAUACAAAUCUCCCGGAAGAACAUCAAGUUGCAACCAAAUCUUCAACAGAACGCGAUCUAACCCAGUUGUACCAUCCACCGAAAAUGCCCAAAAAUAAACCUAGUCAGAAGAACAGUGCUCAGGAGAUCUUGGACGAUUCACAACCCACAACAACGAGUAGUAAUGUCUCCCUCAUAGAAAUUCUUUCCCAGGAUGCACCACCGCCUCAGGGAGAAGCUCAGUUACCAUUUUGCAAGAAGUCUAUAGAGUUAAAUCCCUGUGUACCUAGCACAUGCGAUGUCACAGGAAUUCAGGAUUUAAUUGGGCACUUGACUGCCGAAAAGGUUACACCACAAAUUAAAAAGCUAUCGCCAACGCCGAAAUCAGAGGAACCACCUAAACCUAUGACCCGCAAGAAACUUGUAAAAACGAGACCGGUUCUCAGCAAGAGAUCCGCGAAAUCCGGUCAGAAGGCUUCACAAGAAAAGCCAAACCAUUUUGAAUUCCUCCAUCCAGUCAGUGCAAAUGUUGGAGGUCGCAUUCCCACAUCCAGCACUAGUGAUGAUGAUGGCUCCAUAUUUUUGGGCUUCGAUAACAAGGCGGAGAAUCGUUCUAAAACUCCAAUGAGAAGCAACCGAGUGAGACAAAUGAAGAUCAACGAAACGGACAUUAGCGAUGACGCAACUCCCGAUUACGACGAGACCGAAGAGGAGCAGCAGUCUACAAAAAAGCAGACACCAGAGAAGAACUCUGAGGUUAAUACCCAGUUUACUAUCAGUAAAAAAAAGGUUGUGGAAGCUUUUUUGGACGAUUCAGAUAGCAGUAGUGGAGGCCCAACCAGUCCAAUGGACUUUGGGGACAACGUAUCGGUUGAUGAAGACAGAGCGUGUGAAGUUUACCCGCAAAGGGAUCAACCUAAUUGGGAAAAUCUUGUAAAUGGAACUGAACAUGUUGUUAGUAAGGAGAAAGUAGCCACGGAAGAGAAAAAUGAUUGUCUUACAGAAACAGCAGAUGAAGCGGUUAAAUCUUCAGUAGUUUGUUUGACUAUUGAGGAUCCACCUAAAAUUCAAGUAGAAACACAUUUGGAUGCUGCUGAUGAGCACAACGAUCAAAAAUCUCACAAUUUUAUAGAGGAAAAACAGCUAAAAUCUGUGAUAAAUGAACAUUAUUCAACAAUAUCUGACAGUAAAUCAAGAAAAAGCAGGAGAAAGUCAAACAAAGCAAAUGAGCUUUCUGUCAGGGAUACUUCAAAUGAACCUUCCACAAGUAAGGAUAGUUUAACGAAUACAAGACCCAAACGGCAGACAAGAGGUCGUUCAAAAACACCUGGAUCUUUGGAUGUUUCAGAAAUAAAGGGAAUCAUAGAAAAGGGUACUAAUUUUGAGAAAGCGGCUGAAGAAGUCCACGAAGAGGUUAAAGAUGCUGAGUAUGACAAUUUACCAUUAAAGACAGCAGAAAACACAAUUUUAGGGGAAAAUGAGGAAGAAGAAAAAAUUACUGAGGAACCAGGAUCAUCUGCGAAAUUAAGAGGAAAACGAAAAUCUCGGAGUUUAACUAAAGUCAUUCCUGGAACACAACUGGACGUGGUUGAAAAUCCCAAACUAAAAUCGGAGAGUAUAGGUUCUAAGGAUCCGGAGGAAGAAAUUAAAGCAGCGGAAGCUUUACCCUUAACAACAACUGAAAAUAAAAAUUCAGUGGAAAAGCUGGAAGAGAAAAAGUCCGUUGAGGAGCCAGUGACUUCUUUAAAAUCAAAAAGAAACCGAAAGACGCGUUGUGCUUCACCAAAAAUUAAAGUCCCACCUGUUGUUCAAGAUGAAGUGGAAGUAACAUCAGAGAAUGCUGUUUAUAUGAAAGAUGAGGAAGCUAUCAAAGCUGUAUAUGAACCUUUUGUAAAUACAGAAAAUGAGGAAAUUAAAGUUCCUGGAGAAGAAGGAAAGAGGCAGUCCCGAUGUAGUAGGAACAAAUCCGUUUCAAUAACUCCCGCGGCUUCUGAACCAGAAAAAGUAAUCAAUCCUGUGAUACCCACUCUUAAUGAAGAUUCGAAGGAAGAUAAUGCUUCAGAGAAUGCAACCGAAGCUACCAAAUCCAAAGGAAAACGCAUAUCUAGGAGUAAAACGCCAAAAAUAUUGGUUUCACAAGAGAAAGGUGAAGAGGUUAAUUCAUCCGAUGGGCCGAACCAAACAACUAGUACUGUAAAAACUAUGAAUACACGACAAUCUCGAAGUAAUACAGCUAAAGUUAUAGUUCCAGCAGUUACUCUAAUUGAACAGACUCCAAACCCUGAAAUAAAUUCAGAAGAAUCAGAGAUUAACCCUGAAACUGUUAAAGAAGAAAAUCAACCGAACGAACCGACAAAACCUAAAAGAUCAAGAGGAAAACGACAAUCUCGAUGUACUUCCAAAUCGAGUUCAAAAGCUCCUUUAGAUACUAAGCCUGAAAUGCCAUCGAUAACCUCAGAAGAACCUCAGCCUGUAGAAGUUGAUUCUGUCGUGGCACGGGUCAAACGGAAGACUCCAUCCCGUUUAGGUUCAGUUCCACCGGAUAGCACCCCCAAAGAUAAAGAACCUGCACCUAUAACAAGCAGAAGAAGUAAUGCCAUUAGUGUACCAGCGGAUGUAUCUACUCCAAAGUCGCGUAAGCGUAGGCCCACAAAUUUCAGUGAGAUGAUUUCACCGAAACCUGAAGAGCCUAAAGUCCCAGCAAAAAGGGGAAGAAAGCGAGCAGCUCCUGUCGAAACGGAAGCCGAUUCGGCCAAAAAACUAAAGACUGAGGAGAGUUCGGAAACGGUUAGUAUAGUUGACUUCAAUCUUAGGCUGCUGCUCAUUCGAAAGCGGGAACAAUUGGACACCGAAGAGGAUGUUACUGAAAAUGGCAAGGGUGAAGGUCCGCUGCAAUGUGGCUUGUGUAUGAUGCGUUGCGAUAAGAAAAAUUGGCACAGCCAUCUGGGAGAGCACUAUGGAGUGGGUUGGACCGUUGGAAACACACCCAAGAAAAUCACGCGCGCCUCGGUGAUGAAAAUGAUGAAAAACCAUCUCCAAAAUAGCGCCGAAAAGCUAACAUGUCGCCUCUGCAAUCACCAAUUGGGCACUCCCCUGGGCAUGUUGCUUCACCUGGAGGGCUGUGGCAAUAAACAGCGAAUUGCUUGCGAUUUCUGCAACCGCUGCUACACCAAACUCUCGCUACCGGGACACAUAAGAACCUGUCCAAAGCGCCAGGUACAUCAGAACGAGGAUGAUCAGGAGCCUGCGGAUGGAGUUGUCGCUGAAACGGUGUACAGCAAUGCUGGCCGUGCCAAACGGAAGUCCACAAUCAAGGCUGAAACAAAAUUGAAGAAAAUAGGAGAGGAACUGACUUCACAAAAGGCGACAGAGGAGACUACCGCCAAACACGACUUCGAUGGCGAUUCAUCCGACUACGACAUGGCCAAAGACAAUGAGUCGUCCGAGGAAUAUGAUUCGGAAGGAGCCGAUUCCAACGAGGACGCCCUUAGCACCGAAGAUGAGGACAGCCUUGCUGAUAAUAAACGAAACGAACAAGGACAUGUUAACAGGAAAAGGAAAACAAAACGGGCGGUAAAUACGGGGGAGUGUCAGCAGAAACCUUUACUUUCACGUUAUCACCACUUGGAGGCAAGGGCAACCCACAAAUGGAAGGAAUUCGUACAACGAAAUUAUAAAGCUGGCUCCUUGUUUAGCCAGUUCCUGCCCAGCUAUUCGAAGGUUUCUGCAGAGGAGGCUAGUUUUUUGUUGCCCUCUAAGGAGACAACAUCCAUACGAUAUGCUUAUGGUAAGGUCAGCAAAGAAGACGACUGGAAACAGCUUGCACCCUUGGAGGGUUUUAACAAAAAAGGUGAAUAUGUGGGCUAUCUUGGCAGGCCUAUUAAGCAACUCGCCUGGGUCCCUCUGCCCCCGAAAAUUACGGAUCAGUAUUUACUAUGCAACCUGCGUCCAAAGAUGAAAACCUUUGCAAGACAUACACAACUGAAGGAUGAAGAAGCCCUCUUGAUGUUGCUGAAAUGUACGGUGUUAUCGGACAAUUCCGAUGACAAAUCGUGGGGUCUUCGUCCAGAGCUUCAUUACGGAAUUCGUGUGCCCAAUGGACCAGUUCAUAGUUUCUCUUUUUUGCCCAGCGGUGGCUAUGAUAAGUCAUCCAAUCGCUUGGGCCUUUUGGCUGUGGGUAGUUCUUUGAGUGAUGUCCACAUUUAUGCUCUGCCUUUGGAGCUGACGGAGGAAGAGAGUGCAGGCGACAAAGUUAUCAUUCAAUUGGAAUCAUUGAUUACGCUCAGCUUGGAUGUCAACAAUCCUGUUCGGGAUCAGUGCACUAAAGUUUGCUGGUCACAGGCAUCAGGACACACUUUUUUAGCGACUGGCUAUGGCAAUGGCAACAUUGCCUUUUGGGACAUUGGUGAUACGGAUAACAUUAACUGCUUCAAACGGAACAAUCAAACCUAUUUUGUGCCUCUGACUUACUUUUACAUAGGCGAACGAAAUGUGCAAUUUAUGGAUAUACAUUAUGAUAAAAAUGGACCACGUUGGCUUGCGGUUGGCACUUCCAUACGCCAAUUUAUGAUCUACGAUAUUGCGAAUUGGUCCCAACCCGUCGUACUAACUCAGGACACCAUCUGCACUCUAUAUAUGGCUAAUAUGACUUGGUCCCCUAUUUGUGAAACACUAGUCGUUAGCAGUUCACAUUUUAAUCGCACAAUAGCAGUUAGUCCAUCGGGAAUACAAUUCGAGCAUCGGACCCUCGAUGGAACCCUCACGACCACACGUGAAAUGCACACGAAUUGCCAGCAGAAUCACAUGGUGUUUGUGACGGACAACGGCGAUCUGGUGUUCCUGGAUGUGCGAGAUCUCAACUGUGGGCCUGCUCUGCUAAAGUCAGUGACCAACAGACGGGUCGUAUCCACAACUGAGUUGCAUCAUCUGGGCGCCAAUGCUCCCAAAGCUAAGGAUCCUAUUAACGCGGAUGAGUUUCUCCGCGACUAUGGAGUGCAAAUCAAUCCGCUGGUCCCCGCGCCCCAUAGAAAAAAAUCCUUUUAUCUGGACGCCAAGCGUCGACCGCAAAACGUACACACUUUGGCCCUAUCCAGAUUCAAUUGCGUUCGAUGCAAUUGGAACUCGCCCGCCCACACUUGGGUGGCCAUGGGCGCUGAACAUGGACUGCUGCGGAUCCUUAAUUUCGAUCGAGAUAAAUUCUUCUAAAGGAUAUCUCGGAGAUCUCUCUCUGGCAUCUGAAAAUCUUCUGAACAAGCAACAUCUGAGAUUAUAAAUUAUUGUUUUACCACAUAAGCUGAUUAGUUUUAGGACUCGUCAUAGGAGAGUUAUAAUUUAUAUAUAUCUGUUGUAAAAAAAAUAUAUAUAUUAUAUAUUUU